AUGGUUCCUCCAUUGCUGCAGAUGGGUUCACUCUCGAUUUUGUUACUCGCGGCAGUCACACCUUCGCUCGCCGCUUCAGUCAAUACUGCAGGUUUGCCAGUGAACUGGUCCUACAAAGGAUGUUACGUCGAUAGUGUAGCAGCCCGUGUCCUCAGCGGUUCCGCCUACAAUUCGGACUCACAAACCGAAGGGGCCUGCGCGUCAUACUGUGGCACCAAGGGCUUCAAGUAUGCCGGCGUCGAGUACGGCGUGGAAUGCUACUGUGGUAAUGUCCUCACCGUUGCCGCUGCUGAGGCAGAGGCCGACUGUGCCAUGGCGUGCGCGGGCAACGCGGACGAGCUGUGUGGCGGCCCCAACAGAAUCAAUGUCUUUGAGAACACGGCCACGUCCGCAACCUCUCCAGCUACCACAUCCGCAACCUCUCCAGCUACCACGACCGUCCCCACCAACACCGCUGUUGCUGUCGCAGGCUGGACAGCUGGCGGUUGCUACACGGAUAAUGUAGCUGCCCGGAGCCUUCCACAAGGCGUGGCCGUUGCCGGAAAUGCCGCCAUGACCAUCACGCUCUGCCUGACGGCUUGUCAGGCAGCUGGGUACAGGAUUGCUGGCCUCGAAUACGCGAGCCAGUGCUACUGCGGCAAUGCAUUUGCGAAUGGCGGUGCGCUCGCCCCCGAUGGAAACGCCCAGUGCAACAUGCCGUGCGACGGGAAUCCCGCAGAGACGUGCGGAGGUCCGGAUCGACUCAAUGUAUUCUUCCACUCAGGCUCUAGUGGUGACUCAGGAACCGGAUGGUCCUAUAAAGGUUGCUGGGUCGACAACAAACAAGGCCGCAUCAUGAACGGACCCCAGGCGGACCUAACCACCAUGACUAUCGAAUCCUGUAUCGCAACCUGCGUCGCCGCUGGAUACGCCAUCGCCGGACUCCAGUAUUCCUCGCAAUGCUUCUGUGACAACGAGCUCAGGAACGCGGCCACCCUGGCCGCGGUCGAUUCCAUGUGCUCCACGCCAUGUGCCGGCUCCACGGUCGAGAUCUGCGGCGGCGGCAACCUGGACAGCGUCUACGCCGCCCGCGCCAUCGAUGUCAUCGGCCCGGCCGCCCCUCAAAAGGCUGGACUCCCCGGACUCUGGCAAUACAAGGGAUGCCUCAUGGACCAGGACCCCAAGUCUCUCCCGGAGAAGAUCGCCUAUGCUGGAACUAACACUGGUAACAAGUGCCUGAAGGCAUGCUCUGAUUACGGUUACAAUGCUGCUGGUAUGGAGUACGGUGAGGAGUGCUACUGUGGUGAUAAGAGCGACCCCUCCAAGGUUGGAGCCAAACUCGUCGCCGAGUCCGACUGCUCCACCCCCUGCCCUGGUGACGCUCGGUACCUCUGCGGUGCUGGCAACAGACUCUCCUACUACGAAUGGGUUGGUGCGCCAAUUCAGAAUUACGGAUUCCCCCAGGGUGCCGCAGCUGGCGAGUAUGUUCUCCUCGGCAAAGCCCCCGUCAUUGCCCUGAUCACUACCCAAGGCCUCAACGGCAAGGUAACCUUCGUCGAGAAGUCCGGCACGUCUACUACCCCUGGCUCAACUGGUGCAUACGAAUGGGAUCCCUCUGCCAACACUUUCCGUACUAUGCACGUCAAGACCGAUGUCUUCUGCUCUGCUGGUCUCGUCCUCCCUGAUAAGGUCGGCCGCCAGAUCAACAUCGGUGGCUGGUCCGGUGACUCGACUUACGGAAUCCGUCUGUACUGGCCUGAUGGAUCCCCCGGCACAGCAUCCGUCAACGACUGGCAAGAGAACUACCAGGAGCUGGCUCUACAGAAUGGUCGCUGGUACCCCAGCGCCAUGGUCAUGGCCAACGGCUCCAUUCUCGUCGUCGGCGGUGAGAACGGAUCUAACGGCCCACCCGUGCCAACUCUUGAGCUGCUUCCACGUGCUGGAGGCGCCCUCUACAUGGAGUGGCUCCAGCGCACCGAUCCGUAUAACUUGUAUCCCUUCCUCGCUGUCCUGCCUUCCGGUGGUAUCUUCGUGGCGUACUACAACGAGGCUAUCAUCCUAGAUGAGAAGACCUUCGCCACGCAGAAGAAGCUCCCCAACAUCCCCGGCGCAGUCAACAACCCUCUCGGCGGCCGCACAUACCCGCUUGAGGGAACGAUGGUUCUCCUGCCUCAACACGCGCCGUACACUGAGCCUCUUGGUGUCCUGAUCUGCGGUGGUUCCACGCCAUUCGGCGGCUACGCCAUCGACAACUGCGUUUCCACCGUCCCCGAGGCCGCGAACCCAACCUGGACCAUCGAGAAGAUGCCCUCCAAGCGCGUCAUGUCCUGCAUCUGUGCGCUGCCGGACGGAACCUACCUGAUCCUGAACGGCGCCCACGUCGGCGUCGCCGGUUUUGGAUUGGCCUCCAACCCUAACCACAACGCGCUUCUCUACGACCCAACCAAGCCUAUCAACUCCCGCAUCAGCAUCAUGGCAAAUACUACCAUCGACCGCUUCUACCACUCUGAGGCUAUCCUCCUUCAAGACGGCCGCGUCCUCGUCACGGGAUCCGACCCGGAGACCGAUGGCCUGGAGCAGGAAUACCGCAUCGAGGCUUUCAUCCCACCUUAUCUCAAGACCGGACGCCCAGUCCCCUCCUACACCAUCACCGACAAGGACUGGAAGUACGGCGAGACCGUGACCGUGACCGUCACUCUGCCAUCUGGCGGCGUGCCAAAGUUCUCCCUCAUGGGCGCCGAGAGCAGCACCCACGGUAACUCGAUGGGUCAGCGCACUAUCUUCCCGGCGUUCACGUGUACCCGCAACAGCUGUACCAUUACGGCGCCGCCGACUGCGCAUGUUGCCCCACCCGGAUGGCAUCAGUUGUUUCUCCUCGAGGGCGGCGUGCCGAGUAAGAGUCAGUAUGUGAGGAUUGGUGGUGAUCCCGGUAACUUGGGCGCGUGGCCCAAGUUGUCGGAUUUCAAGGUGCCCGGUUCUGGUUAA